AUGGCCAUGAAUCUCGAUCCCACUCGCCCACCCUCGGUCGUCUCAUCCAGCAAUGCUAUACACCUUGCAUCUGUUCCCGCUCGCCCCGCUCCCGAGAAUGACACUCCGCCCUCCCACGCGGUCACCGUCGCCCUGCGAUGGAACGGAUCAAAGACUAUGAUCUGGAGAGUACUGGCCACCUUCUGGGGCGCACUGAUCAUGGGCGCCAAUGAUGCAGCAUAUGGGGCGAUAAUCCCUUACGUUUGUACCACCACCUUCUCGGCGCCCAGAAGAGCACGUACGCUCCAGCUCGCCUACGACAAGAGCUAUACUAUAAUCUCCCUUAUAUUCCUGUCCCCAUUCCUGGGUUACACUAUCUCCGCGGUCGUUAGUAAUCUGAUCCACCAGCGCCUGGGUCGUCGCGGCGUGGCCUUUAUCGGCCCAGCAUGUCACUUGCUUGCUUUUGCCGUCAUCUCCACACGUCCCCCCUUCCCGGUGCUGGUGAUCAUGUACGUCUUUGUCGGACUGGGUAGCGGGAUUCAGAAUGCCGGGUGGAACGUGUGGAUCAGCAGUAUGGCCAAUUCUCACGAAGUCCUCGGAUGCUUCCACGGUUUCUAUGGCAUCGGGGCUACAGUCGAAUCAGUCCUUUCCGCACGGGCUCUGUGUCUUGUUUUGCCAUUUCUAAUGUGCAAGUCCCAGACGGGGACGGCGGUGUUUGGACUCGUCAAUGCCACCAGCGCCUUCUGGGCGGAGACUGCAUCCAGGUACCAGCAGGAUCAUCCCUCUUCUGCGGGUCGAGAGGGCGGUGGGAGCUCUCUCCACCAGACCCGACUCUCACUCACGUACAGAGUCACCUGGAUCUGUUCUAUCUUUCUCUUCCUGUAUGGCGGCAUCGAGGUCGCAAUUGGAGGGUGGAUCGUCGUCUUCAUGACCAGUGUCCGCCAUGGCAGCCCCUUUGCAUCGGGCAUGGCUGGGACCGGCUUCUGGCUCGGCGUUACGCUGGGCCGCUUUGUGCUGGGGUUUGUCACCCCUCGCAUUGGUGAGAAACGAUCGAUUAUCCUGUACAUUUUGCUUGCCAUUGCGCUGGAGAUGGUCUUCUGGCUCGUCCCGGAGUUUGUCGUCUCCGCCGUAGCCGUGGCACUGGUGGGAUUCUUCUUGGGAACCAUCUUCCCCGGCGUUGUGGUGGUUGCGACGCGGUUGUUGCCAAGGCACCUGCAUGUCGCCGCCAUUGGGUUUGCAGCUGCGUUCUCGAUGGGCGGGGGAGCCGUCUUCCCUUUCACGAUCGGCGCGAUCGCACAGGCCAAGGGGGUAACAGUCCUGCAGCCCAUCUUAGUGGCCAUGUUGGCGGUUGCGCUGUUGAUCUGGGGGACGGUACUGCGAGCUCCGAUCCCGCAGUCACAGCAUGAGGUUUGA